AUGGCCCCUCCACCAGAGAUCAAAAAAGACAAGCCCAAGCCCUGGCAUGUGGUGCAACCGCCUGAAGGAUGGGAAGAACAUAUGUUCAGUCUCCAUGACAGGAGGAGAUCACUCACUCCUAGUGUCUCUGUGUCCUCCCAAAAUUCCACUACCCCAAUCUUGCAGGAAGACCAGGUUGAGGGUGCUCUGAUGGAGGAGGAUGCUGGUGAGGCUGAGGCCAAGGAGGUUGAUGUCAACAUUCAAGCUGACAAGGGCAGUCAACAUCCUGAUGAUGGGGCUAGUCAACUUCCAGACAAUGAAGAUGAGGAUGGUUCUGACUCAUUGCUUCCUCCAUCUUUGCCACCAGCUGAAGACUCCAGUUCUGAUGCUGAGGAUGAGUUUCCCCCAUGUCAUCCUGGUUGCCAUGUGGAACACAAACCUAAAAGCAAGGGCAAAAGUAGGGCUAUGGAUGUUGACAACAGUGAUAUACUCAAUGAGGCCAAUCUCUUCUGCUCAUGGUAUUGGGCCACCCAACUGAAACCUGAUGGUGUCAACAAUAUCAUUAUGGUGGAGUACAACCAACUCAUGAAAGAUAUCCCCAAAGACAACACCACAGCAAGAAAGGAGAAGUUGAAGGCCAUUUAUGAAUGGAGUGAGAAGUCCUCAGCAGUGCCUGCUAACAAAUCAGUCAAGUCCAUUGCAGUCAGAGUCCACAACAUGAAGAUGCAGUUCUCUGGAUUGGCUGAAGUGUGGUUGGCUCUUGAAGACAUCAAAAUUGCUGGAGUUGUGAUGUAUGUUGGACAAGACCCUGCAGGAUGCCAGACCUCUGGCAUAUUUGGUGGUUCCAAUAUCAUACAAAAGUACAUCAAUGAUUGUGCCAUUGAUGUUCAGGGAUUUAUGGACAAGUACACUGCAAUAUUUAAGUGUCUCAGGGAUGGUAAUGGUACUGAAGCUGGGUUAUUAGGGAUGAGUGCUUCUGCCAGUUCAGCUGUGGCAUUGGAGUUGCAUUGUCGAAUGAAGGAGAUACCAAGAGAUUGCAACUGCCAGGUAUUUGGAUCUAUGAUGAAGGAGAAGUUGAUAAUGGCACUCAGAGAUCUAUGCAUGACAUGUGGGGUUGAAGUUGGUGAUCCCCAGAAAAUCAUUUGGCAGCAGCUUCUUGAGUUUGUUAGGAGGAACUCUCUUGUCAUAAUCAACUGGCCACUUGGGGUGCCUCCACUGGGCCCUGGUUUUGAGUACAAGAAACUCAAAGCUGACGCUCUCUGCCAACUUGUGGUACCUUAUCUGCAGAGAAAGCUAGGCUCAAUGUAUGACAGACAAUCUGAUGACAAUGACAAUGAUGAUGAGAAAAAUGAUCAUCUGGAUGGUGUGCUGGAGGUCGAAAUCAAACCCUGGAAUGAAGAUGUCAUCAGCAUAGGGGAUGCACCCCCAUUAAAGGAAGAGAUCGCACUGGUCAAGGCUCCUGAUGGCAUGGUUUUGGGCAAGGUGUCUGAUGAUCCUGAGUGGCAGAAGUCUCAUGAAGAAGGGGAUCCAGGUAUGGCAGCACCUCAUGCACAGAGUGGAAUCCUGUUUCCAUCAUGCAAGCAGCCUUGUGUGGAGGUGAUGGAUAAUGACACAGUUCCUUGUGAGGCUUCACACUCUGACUGCCAAAUGCCCCUGCAUGACAAAGGCAGGGAUGCAUGCCCCAUUGCUGGUGACUGUGGUGUAGUGGUUUACCCCACUGCAUUUUGGUCAAAACUAACAGAUGACAUGCACAGGAUGCACUUCAUGACCCACCAGCACACACAAGCCACAAGAACACUCGAGAGUCUGGUCGAUCUGAGCACCCCUUGCUGGCUCAGCACUAUGGGGAUCUGCAUCAUGAUGCUGUCCCAAGCCAUUCACACCCAUGGGACCCUGGCCCUUCUCAGCAGUUUCCACCAUCUUGGCAUUAUGAGGUAUUACUGCCCGCCUGCCAUGGUUUGGGGCAUUUCCCUUCAUCCUGUCAGACAUAUUGCAUACCAUCUCACCCUGACCAUCAUAUUUACCAUGAUGCUCCAUAUAUCUCUGACUACUACCCUGCAGCCCAGCCCACAGCACAGCAAUGGGUUGACAGAGGUAGUGCUGCACAAAAUACAUGUUUGUUUUUCCAUGAUAGGGGAAGAUGCAUCUACUCAAAAUACUGUACUCUUGUUUGAAGAGUUUGAGCUGCAGAGAGCUGGGUCAAAGGACAUUUGUGGUGAAGCUUGGAGGCCACACCUACAGAUAAAGGAGCCUCCAGCAAUGGGGAGGGGAUAUGGUGACAUUAAGCAAGUGUUGAUGUGGUGA